AGAGGCCUAUGGUAUUAAGCCGUGUGAAUAGGUGUAGUAUUAAGACAGUAAGUCUAGGUUGAUAUUUUACUUGUGCCAUGGAUCUUCUUUGCGUAACUAAUAUACUGAACUUUCUACCCGACGUGAGAAAAUUGUUAUCUAAUCGUAUUAACAGUGUCAGUAACUAUCUCACAUGGACAAAUAAUAAUGGGAGAAAAAGAAGACACCUGCCACAAGGGAGUGUCAAGAAAAGAACAAUGGCCCCUUUGGUUACCAAGAAAGCAAUAUUGCUAUGGAUACGUGUAUUUUAGACGCUAUGUGAAAAUACUGGGUAAUCUUCUAAAUUGGCUAGGAGGUGACGUAUACGUUCCUGCUCUUUGGCAAGCACCUCCUCGUAAGGAUAAAAAGCAUCCAGUUAUUGUCUUUUCUCACGGUCUCGGGGGUAAUCGAACAACUUAUACUACAAUAUGUACAGAUUUUGCUUCUUGUGGAUAUCUUGUUGCCGCUAUUGAGCAUAAAGAUGGAUCCGCUUCGAUGACGUGCUGUUUCAAAUCUCCAUUUCAUUCCGAAUCUAUAGAAACCCUUGACCUCAAUGACUUAUUAUUUUUAAAAUCUCAUAAUGCCCUCCAAGAAAAAUGGAUACUAUAUGAAAGACAAAAAGAUGAAUUAAAUUACGACCUAAGAAAUCCUCAAGUUCAUACAAGGGCGGACGAAUGCUCAAAAGUUUUAGAUGUUCUCACACGAGUUAACAGUGGCGAAUGCGAAAAGAAUUAUUUGGGUAGUUUUAAUAUGGCUCAAUUUAAGGGACUACUCGAUUUAAAUCGAGUAUCAGUUGUUGGCCAUUCUUUUGGUGGUGCAACAGUUGUCUCAGCUUUGGCCAAGGACAAACGAUUCAAAGUUGGCGUUGGUCUAGAUAGUUGGAUGGCUCCCUUGGACAAUGAUCUAUACUCGAAGGUUACUCAGCCUCUACUCCUCGUAAAUACCGAAACUUUUCAAUGGGCAGAUAACGUCAGAUCCAUGCAUAAGUUAAUCGAUCCAAACAAAAACGAUGAUCUUAAAAGAAUAUUGAUUACUAUAAGAGGAACAUGUCACCAAACUCAGUCAGACUUCCAAUUUGUUAUUCCGACAAAGUUGGCUAGAAUAUUGGAUUUCUGCCAUACCCUUGACCCUCACACGGCUAUGGCAUUAAACAAUAAAGCAACACGGGGCUUUAUAGCCCUACACACCGGUCUUCCUGAAGAUACUCAUCUGGAAGUUUUAACGGUAAAAGAAAUGGAUGAAAGCACACCUGGAGGUGUGUCAUUGACUUUAAAUUCUAAAGGCGAUCUUCAAAUUAAAACGUCUCUUUUAUAUUUUAAACAUGUUUUUAAUACUGGAACUUCAACAAGUAAACUAUUAGUAACACCCUUUCAUACUGCUAUAGCUCGAAAUUUGUUUUCUGUUGUAAGACAAUUGCUAGAGGAGAUUGAAGAUAGAAAUCUUAAGAAUUUUGUUUUGAACGCUGAUAUUGAAUAUAAAUAUCCCGCUUUAUCUCGAACUCUGCCUGAAUAUCUUUAUUUGACAAGAAUUGAAAAUCUUUUAUCACAGUCGGAUCGUAAAAUUCUCUUACCGGAGAAUCAUAGUUUUGAAAAUUUAAGAGCUGUAACUUCUUAUUCACAAGUUGGAGAGAAAUUUGAGAAGCCACUAUUCUUAGCUUUUUCAACCGGUGACACAGAUCUAAUAGAGUUAAUUUUAUACCAUGGUGCGCAGUAUAACGAAGCCGAUUCGAAAGGAAACAACAUUAUUCAUAAUUUGGUUCUUUUGUCAAAUGAUAUGCCCGAUAGAGCGAUUUUAAUGUAUAGAUAUUUGCUAAAUCAAAGCAUAGAUCUAAUCAAAGAAUUAUUAUCUCGGAGAAAUAAGUCCGAUUUAAAUCCUGUUGAAUUAUCUGCAUCACUAGGCCUAACAGAAAUGACUCGCACAAUUAUCAAUACGGAAAACAUUUACAGGUGGGUUAUCUCACGUUGCGGUGUUAUUAAUAUAACACGCUAUGAUGUAACUGAUUAUGAGUCGGAAGAGUCAAAACCUCAUAAAUCACUUCUCUAUUAUCUUACCGAAAUGAAUGAAAUUCAAAUAGUGAGAGCAAAUAAAUGUGGAUUAUUAUUAACGGAACCUUUCCGAACUUGGUCGGAGAGAAAGAUACAACAAUUUAUGAGGACAAUCGUUUUCUUUGUGGAUACAAAUUGUUCUGGUGGUCAGAAUAACUCAACAAGCGAUUCCUGCAAGCUGCCUAUGUUUGAUUCCUUCCUCGGCAGUCUUUAUGAAACGUAUUUAUUAAUGUUGACAGUGAUGGCUCCAUAUGACAUUUAUUUCCGAAAAUCUGCCAUGCCCACACUUUCUGUAAUGCUAUAUAUGAUUUGCGUUAUGACAAUUGGAGUAGUCAUGAUCAAUUUGAUGGUUGCGAUAAUGACAAGACGUCUAGAAACUAUUGAACAGAGUAAAGAGUCUAUACUAAAACUUGAGAAGCUUGCUAUUGUAUUACAUUUACAAGAGAGGGUAAAUACGAAAUUCUGGAGAGUUGUGCAAAAGACUUGCUCAACACUGAUAAAUAAAAUUUUCACAAAGAUAAUGAAUAGAAGAAUAACCGAAAAGUUCCGUCGAUUAAAAGUAGCUGAAGUUUUUACAAGAUCAGGAAAUAAGGUUUAUUUGGAUGUUAUUGAGAAAAAUUUCUACGAAGACUGA